CGCUUGCGUCUCUAUGUGCCCAGUUCGCACAUUUAAAGUUUUUUUAAGAAAAUUUGAUUUUGUGCGAAAUGUGAACAGUGUGUGCGGACAUGUGCUAAUUAGGACUAGUGAUUCCUCAAUAGUUCGCUAUAGUAGUUAGUGCAACAAAAGAGAUGAUCAAGGUAUUCAUAACACAACAUCAACAAUGUAAUGGCUAAAACGGUCAGAAAAGUAAAACGUGGUAAAGUUAAAGAAACAAGCAAUGUCAUCAAAGCACCAGCGAUAGUAGUCACUUCCCCAGAUAAUACAGAAAUGACUGUUAAAGCAAUCGGCUCGCAAAAACUUAACGACUCCAACGCUAUCAAUGAGAAUAAAAACAAAAUGGACUUCAACGUAAAUCAACUCAUCGCUGAACUAUCAGAGAACUCACGUGCUUCUAAAGGCGAAAUCGAGCAGAUACAACGGAGACUUCUACAGCAGGCAAAUGAGAUUCUUAAAGUCAACGCCUUCGCAAAUCCAGAGCCCCGAGUAAUAAGUGCGACGCAGAAAGGUUCCAUCUACGGAAUUCCACAUACGAACGGGCUAAACCUCGCUCAGGGUGCUCAAUUAGUUCCCGAGAAGUUAACAAAUAAUUCUAGUGCAAUGAUAAGCACGCAAAGGGUCACAGCUGAGGCGGGAAGUUUUUUCUUCGAAACAGGUUCUGCCUCGCGCGUCGCCAGUCCGCGCGCCGCGCCCAUAAGAGGCACAGUAGAAUCUGUACCGCCCUAUAGGAUGCCGCCCGCCCCGGAAGCUGCCUUACCGGGGGCGCCCGCACCAAUGUUGCCAGCCGCGAUACACACACACUCGGCCAAGUUUCCCAUAGAACGUGAAGUGAUUCUGUCGUCUGGUGAUAAAAACUCGAAGGUGCCAAUACUACAAGAGGCCAGAAAGCGUGGAAGACUUGGCGCUGUCGCUCCUGAUACGCCACCUAAGGCUCUAUCUGCGUGGACGCAUGCUGAGAACCAAGCCGGAACAUCGGGUGACUUCAGACAGUAUCACGAUCAGUACGGCUACACCCACCAUCAAGGUCAGAACUUAAAUCGCAGCGCACAAAACUACGAUUCACCUAAACCGCCUAUACCUGCCAAAAACACACCAAACAACUCACACAUGGUCACAGUCGUAGAAACAACUAAAGAUAGCACCAGAGACGCCCCGAAGAGUACAAAAUCUGUCACCAAAACUUACCAUACUCUGAAAGACAUGAUCUCAAGUAAGUUUAAGGGCAAGGAAAACAAUGAAGCAGAUAAGGAAGAAAGUCUUAAUAAUAAUAAUGAAGAAAGAAGACGUGAACCGGAACCGGUUACGCCGAGGGAAGGUGUAAGAAAGGAAGGAAUAUAUGGAAGACCAAUGCAAAGACCCGAAUUGCAGUAUAACCAUGGAAUGACUAAUAAUAUGGUGUAUUCAAGUCCAUCCCCACAUAGACAAUUAAUGCAACAACAAAUGGUACAACAACAAAUGAUGAACCAGCAAGUGAGAUCCCAAGAGAUGCUAAAUCAACAGGCUAGGUCUCAGGAGAUGUUGAAUCAGCAGGGAAGAUCACAGGAGAUGCUGAAUCAGCAGGGAAGAUCACAGGAGAUGCUGAAUCAGCAGGGAAGAUCACAAGAUAUGUUGAAUCAGCACGGAAGAUCACAAGAGAUGCUUGCUCACCGACCUCAAGCAUUGGGCGCUGAUGCGUUAUACCAACAAUAUGGACCUCCCGGAAGAAGAAGCGCUAUGUAUCAGAGGGAUCUUGAUGUAAGGUCUAUGGCGAAUUUUACUUCUCUUAAAAGUGGACCACAGCCACAGUACGAUAACUCAAAUUCACGGCUUGAUUUAAGAAGUCCUCAACAGCUCGAGCGUGAGAUUGUUCAACAUCGGAGACUUAUCGACGGAAGACGUUCCACUUCACACCCACAUUUACUCGACGAGCCCCAAAGACCUGAACCAAAACCGCAAGUGUACGAUCGUUCAAGAAGAAAUUCACACGGAAACCUUUUAGACGGUACGCCUAAUGAAAACGGUCCACCUAGAAGUAACGACGAAAGAGAAUCCGACGACGGUGGCUUCAGAAUGAAAUUAGCGGCCCAAGGAAGGUCGAGUUUUGAACGCAUUCGUACCAGUGGGCGAUCGGUAGAUUCGAGACAAAUUCCAGAGGAAUACAGAAGAACGCCCGACAGCCUUAGAGAAUCUCGUCGGACACCGGAUUCUAUUAACCAGAGGCAAAAAGAAAGUACACCCAAUCCAGUAGAUGCUGAAAGGAAUGAUGAAAGUGCUAGUCAAAAAUCAGCAGACAGUGUUUACACAUCGAACAAAGGCGAAGGAUACAAUCCGCAGCCAUCAUCAUCCAGGCAAACACCAAGCAGAAUAGAAGACUUAAAAGCACAUGGAAAAAAAGGUACUGGUGGUUCAGCAGCUAGCUCAGAUUAUGAUAAAAAUGGAGGUCAGUCAUCAAAUGUGGACUCCGGUAGAGGCAGCGUGGCGUAUUCAAGUGGUCGACGCGCUGACGCCAGCUUGCACGACACUUCAGCAGACUCAGAUGCCGCGGGGACCAGAGAACUGAGACAACAGCCGCAGCCGGGGACCAGCCAGCAAAACCCUCAACCCGCUGGCGAAAACGAGUGGGCUGAUCUGGUGGAGUGCGAGUUACGUCAGAUUUUGGAACCUAAAUUGUCAAAUAUGAGGCUCGAUAGCUCGGAUAGUUCAGACAGUUCAAUAACACCACCCCUGCCGCCACUGUCACCAUCUUCGGACUUGCAUAAAAGAAAUAGUUUGCCAGGACGCUCAUCAGAAUACCCAGAAGAAAGGAGGCGUCGAGAUGGAAGAGAGUCUCCCCGCUGGCAUGGACAUUCUCACUCUCAUAAGAAACACUCCUCAAAACGAGACCACCAUUAUAAAAGACACUUAUUCGGCCUAGACACAACAGACAUGACGUCCACGACUACCCGCAGCCUGGAUCUAUCCUCUCUUCUUGAUGGUCGAACCGACAGUGACGCCUCGACAGGCGACGCCCGCGCAAUUCGUCGACAACUUCGAGGCUUAGAGAACAUGUACGCUGAGGUGUUGCAACUUCUGGGAGUUAGGAAACCAGCUAGUUUAGCUAAACAGCCUACUUGGGAAGCCAGAUUAUCAUCGAAGCGUCGUUACGGAAGUAUGUCAUCACUGCCUUCGAGUUCUGUAAGCAGCCGGCCGCAAAGAGACAAGAGACGCUCCUCCGACCAUCGAAAGAAGAAUGAUUUGAAGGGCAUAAACAAGCGAUUCCAGCGGUUGGAGUCGCAUGUAGUGACUUUGGCUCGCUCAGUCGCCCAUUUGUCUAGUGAAAUGCGGACACAACACCUUGUCAUGCAGGAGAUGGAUAACAUACGAGCUGAGAUCGCUGCGCUUAGGCAUAUGUACAAAUCGCAACAAUACAUAAGAUCAGGUCACUCUCGGCACCUGGACCCAUUCUCGUUCAGCAACCCCGACCGCGUCAAGAGACUCACCAAGUUCUUCGGAGACGAGCCACCUCUCAUGAGACUAUUCCUCAAGAAACUUGGUUACGAGAAAUAUGCUGCAAUGUUAGAGAAGGAGAAAGUCGGUGCCGCUGAACUACCUUACGUAGGAGAAGACAAGUUGAGAGCCCUGGGCGUACCUUUAGGGCCUCGAAUGAGAAUCUUGAAGGAAGCUGGUAUUCAUCACGAUUUACACUUCCCAAGAGAUGAUCCAAAUACAACUACUACCACACUUGCUAUAGUUUAAGAAAUCAAACAAAAUAUACUCAAAUACUAUAUAUAUUUAACUGAUUUUUUUAAUUUGUAUGGCACAAAAUUCUGAUUAUAUUUGUUUUUGUAAAUGUUGUUUUGUUUUCAAUUAACUGCGCAAACAAACACUGUGUCGCUUAGAUAAUAUCAAAAUU